CUGGUUCACGUUGUUGAAGGUGAGGUACUGAACGCAUCCGAGUGUAUUUAGUUUGUUUAUAUUUGCUCAGAACCAGUUGGUGGACUUUCAGUUUUAAACAAAAAAGAUCACUAUGGCCUUCUCAUCAAUGGUGCUUCCAAAGAUGUUAUUGACACCACACUACAGGUCUUUCAGUGUUUCAACAGUUGCGGCAGCUCUUCAGAAGCUGACAAGAGUACGAGUAGUAGACAACAGCAGUCUUGGAAACGGCCCCUAUCACCGUUCUCCUAGAGUCAUUCAUGUGUACACCAAGAAUGGUGUGGGCAAAGUGGGUGACACCGUCCUGUUGGCCAUUAAAGGACAGAAAAAGAAAGCACUGAUUGUGGGUCACAAGAUGCCUGGACCAAGGAUGUCACCUAGAUUUGAUUCAAACAAUGUUGUUUUGAUCGAAGAAAAUGGGAACCCAACAGGGACGAGGAUAAAAGCUCCCAUACCUACACAUUUACGCAAACUGGAUGGUGAUUACUCCAAAUUAUUAGCUAUUGCACAACGCUUUGUGUAGGUAAUGUUACUGAGCUGUAGCUGCUAUUCGUGAUUGGUACAGUGUUGAACAAUAAAAAUAAAAAUGUCAAUUUUUUCAAUAAAUCUUAAUAAAGUAA